AUGUUUAAACCCAAAAGUUAGAAGGAUCAAUAAUAACAACCAUUUUACCUGAGUUGGUUUGCUAAUCAAGGAGAAAAUCCUAAGAGAGGAGGAACUGCACCAAAUCAAUCUCGAAAAGAUAAAUUAUCUCUGAAGAGUCCCUAUCAGCAACCAUUGAUCACUGUUUCUCAUUAGGCACCCAAUCCAUACACAAAAGCAAUAUAGCCUCCUAAAAGUUACCAAAGUAACAUCCAAUAGAUCUCAAAAAUCUAUGCCGGUUCAUUUUAAGGAAUGAUGAAAAGAAGGAGUGUUGAAAAAAGAUAUGAUGAUGCACCAAAGAGUGGAAGAGCCUCCUUUAAGCCCUCUAGGACUUUUACUCAAUAAAACUCAAGAGCAUUUCACUCACAUUAAUAAUUAAAUACCUUCGAACCAAAAUUCCAAUGUGAUAAUGUUAUUGCAUAUAAUUACGAAGAUCCGUAACUCACACCUAGAGACAAUGAUGAUGUUGAAAUCAUGGAAGUUGAUAAUGUCGAUAUAGAUUCAAAUGAAUCGAAUGAAGCUGACAGCGAAGGUGAUCACAACUUGUAACUGCCAACUUAACAGCAAGAGGAGCCUCAAAUCUAAAAGAACAAAUCAUUUGUUUAAAAAUAACUUGAGGAACCCAUAAUUAGUAUGAGGAAGGCAACUGCUACUCUAAACAGACCAUAAACAUCAGAGGGAGCCAGAAGAAAAAGGUUUGCCAAUUCAACCAAUGAAGUUUAGCAAAAUACAACUGAAAAAAAAGAUUCUGAAUUUUAGAUCUUUGAUUGUCACGCCAAUAUCAUUUAAGAGGAUGAUUCAGAAAAUUAAGAAAUGCAUUCCUAUUAUAACUAAUUAUUUAUUACCUUUAUUAUAUAGGAUCUACUCUCUAUACGUUCAGGACAGAGAAGAAAACCUACUGACAAUUUUAUUGAUAAUUUAGACAACAACGAUCGUCCUCCUUCAAGACAUAAAACUCCUCCUAAGGCCACAGGGUUGGAUUUACCUCUUGAGGCUGUUGAUUCAUUAGCUAAUCAUGAUAUCCCCAUUAAGAAUAUGUAUGCCUAAAUUGAUGACAAAGUUAACAACAACUUUAAUGAUGAUCUUGAUGAAUUUGAUCUUGGCUUUUUUAAAAUGAACAAUAAAUUUCAAUCUAAAGAUGGAUAUCACACUGAUGAAGGAAAAAAAAAUAACAUCAACUAUAAACAUCCUUAAUCGGCUAAUCUUAAAUUCAACAACAUUGGAUUAUCUAACUUGUCAUAUUCCCCUUUAAGUAAUUAAAUUACAUCAGCUCAUGGAUUUAGAGCCAACGAACCCUAGAUAGUUAUAAAAUAUAAUAAUAGCUCUUCAAUUAAUAAAAAUUAAGCUAAGUUACCAGUUAAGGUUCCCUUCCAGACCUCUUUGGGCUAAGAUUUCUUAUGCCUAUUUGCUAAUGAUGGUCCAGAUUGA